UGAUGAGGUUGAGCCAGGCCAAACAUCCAGAGUGGUAGCGAACAAGCAAGCCCCAAGCAGCUGAGCUCCUGAGCUAGCCCUUCCUGAGGGUUUACUGAAGCGAGAAUCAAUUCUGUACUUUGUUUUGUAACUCACGCUGCAGGUUGGAUUUGUAUUCCACAACUUUCUGCUAUAGGUUUCUUGACUGAUCCCCCUGCUUUCAUCCUGCCUCACCAUGAAUACCAUCGCUAACAUAAUGCAGGAGCUGCGUGACUAUUGGGCAGACCAUUUCUCACGCAGAUUUCUACCUAAGAGGCCUCCCCUUCGCCGAAUCAACUCCAUUUCCACUUUCUACCUCCUGGACUACAGAACCCGGCAGGCUGAACUGGGUUUGGAUUACGGCCCUCCGCGGGCUCAGCUGAGCGAUGCCAAGUUUGUCUUCCAGGAUGGCAAAUGGCAAGGUGAGAGUGGCCUCUCUCAUCGGCCGCCACUGCUGCAGUUAUUCUCCUCCCAUGACCGGGAGCAGUCCUGUAAGGUAAUGAAGAAGGAGAACAAGGCUCUCCUGGAGGAGAACAAUUACCUGAAGCUGCAGCUCGAGCUGCUGAUGGACAUGCUGACAGAAACCACGGCCCGACUGCACACGGUGGAGAAAAAGAUGGACAUCCCCACAUGGCACACCAAGAUCAAGAAGCCAAAUAAGGUGUUGAUGCUUAAGUCCUAGCAGGAACGUUGGAUGCAAGACCAGGGAGUUUACACUUGCUUGGUUCCAGAAAUCUAAAAAAUUCCUGAAUAAAAU